AUGAAGCUGUUACUUAUCUGUGUAUUUUUCGCAACGAUUGUACCAGUCAUUCACUCGCAGGACGAUGAAACAACUGUCGCUAAUGGCGAUUUCCACAACGCUGCUGAUAGUACCAGUACAAAUAUCAACAGCAAAAGUGGCAACGUCGUCGAUAAAAACGUUACUGGAGAAAUUGAAGAAAAACGCGACACAUAUCAGCGGAUCGUUGCGGUAUUGGCUUUUGUAUAUGAGGUUUUGCUAAUUCAGGCAAUUUUCGGUGCAGAUGUAAAGGCGAUUAAACUGAAAAAUUAG